AUGGGCGGCUGUACAUCGCCUCAAGUUCUCACGUGUGGUUACGCCAGCGCCAGUUCCAGCGUCACCCGGCGCGACUGA